AUGAAUAAAGACAUAUUAGACAACAUAAAAGAACUACCUCAAUUUAAACUAUUAUGUAAAAAGAAGUCCGAUUUAUUAAAGUAUUUCGAAUCUUGUAACCGUAAUGAAUAUGAUGAAAUUUGGAUGACACUUCAUACAAGCUUAGUGGAGUAUAUAAGUGCUGAUAAUUUGAUUUAUGAUGAAGAAAAAUCAACAUUAUUAUUUAAGGAGGAAAAUAAUAGACAAUACUUAUUGACAUCUAUAUUAUUUGUUUCAAUUUAUUUACAAUAUUUGCAUAAUAAGACACAAAAAAAAGGAAUAACCUUUGAAGAUGAUUUCCAAAUACUUUUCUGUAAACUAAUAGAAAUACAGUUCAUGCUAAGCGACAAAGAAGUGAGAUUAUCCUUCGGAAAAUGUCUUCUUACUAUAUGUGAAUUAAAUAUAAAGGAAAAUGAAUUUACAAAUAACGUCAAGAUAAAUCUUUUAUUAUACUUAUUAUGGAAGUGUUGUCAUAUAGAAGGUAAAGGAACAGAUAUUACUAAAUUAAAGAAAUUCAAAGACUUUUGUAAGUACAUUAAUUGGGGCAUUUCUGAAAGAACCACUGAUUCCUUUUACAUUUUAUGUUCUUAUACAUUGAACCUUCCUAAAUUUUAUGAAACGUCUGAUGGAAAAAUAUUUUUAUCUCAUGUUUGGUCUCAGAAUGAAAGUAUAGCAUAUCAUCUUUUUAACAAAUUUGUCCAUAACACGGCCGUUUUAGCGCAUAACCAUAUUUGUCAUUACUCAGAAAUUAUUUAUUCCACUUGGAGGAAUUGUGAAGAAGAUAUGAAAGAAAUACUCUAUACUCAAAUAGAGUAUCUAGUAAACUUUUCUUUAAAAUGUCCUAUUAAAAUAGCUGCUCGUUUCAGGGACGUUCUUAGUAUAUUUCAUACAAAUAAAGGAGAUAAGGAUAUCAAUAGGUUGAUAUUUAAAAUAUACGACCCAGUGAUAUGGAGAAGUUUAAUGUGCCCCAAUUGGAAAAUUAGAUUUAACGCUACCUGCAUCUUCCAACUAAUAUAUCCUGUUGUUGACCCUGGAAUAAAAGAUAUUAAUUAUUUGCAAGAAAUGGAAAAAGCUUAUAACGCCCUGUUGGAUUUAUCUGAAGACAAAAAUACAUAUGUGCUCCAAGCAACAGCCAAAUGUAUUUGUUAUAUUUUAAGUGAACUGUGGGAAAUUAUCAGCCAUGAUAAAAGAAUGAAACUCAUAGAUAUUUUGAUCAAUAAAUUUUUAAAAGAGAAAUGCAAUGAAUGUGUACGUGUUGAAGUAGUAUUAGGUUUUUGCGAAAUGUCAAAAAAUCCUAUGAUUCGUAAAAUAAUUCUAAAAAUAUUUGACAGAAUAAAAUAUCUUAUAAAUGAUAACUCUUUACGUGUCCGUAAAAAUUUCAUUAUGCUUAUAUUAGAUUUACAAGAUUAUUUGAAAGAUACAUUUUCAUAUGAUAUCGAUUUUAAUGAAUUAAUAAAAAAAUUAACAAAAGAUUUUAUUACAUUUAAUGUUCAGUCGUGUAUAAAAAAAAUGUCUUAUAUGAAAUAUGAAUAUCAUGAUAAAUUAAAAAAUAAGGAAAUGUAUGAAUAUUUAAAAUUAUCUACAAAUUUAAUAAGUUAUUCUAUAUGGAAAUGUGAUAUAAAAGAACAAGCAAUGAAAUGUAUUAAUUUAUUAAAUGAAUAUCCUGUUCUUAUGAUAUGCAUAAGUAAAUUUUCAACAAAUGUAAAUUUAAUAGAUAGGUAUAAAUUAUCAUCAGUACUUUUUGAAAUUACCAAUUCUAAAUUAAAAGAAGAAAAUAACUUCAUUAUGUUAAAUAAAACUAACCAAGAUAUAGAAGAUAAAAAAGAUAAAUAUGAUAAACAUGAUAAACAAGAUAAAAAAGAUAAAUAUGAUAAACAUGAUAAACAAGAUAAACAAGAUAAAUAUCUAAUCAUGGACAAAAAUGAUAACAAAAAUAUCUAUAUAAAUAAUAACAUUAACAUAAUUUUAGAAUCCGAUUCAAAUCUUAAAAAGAGAUAUAUUAGAUAUUCCACUUUAUUAAUAUGCAUAGCAAAUUUUUUAAAACCAAGAAAUGAAGAAGAAAUAGAAUUAUGCUACUCUGAAGAAAUUGAAGAAUUUCUAAAAAUAAAAUUCAAAGAAUUAUAUUUUGUUGAAAGUAUCAAUACUAUUAUGCAACCAUUUUAUUUUAAAGUUUUAAAGAAUAUCUAUUUAGAUUAUGAUAAUUAUUAUAUGAAUAUACAUACAUAUAGUACAAAUGAAUUGAAUAAUUUAUAUACUAUGAAAAAUUUAUAUUUAUGUAAAACUAUUAUUAUUCCUUUAUUUUAUAAAUGGAAAUUAUUAAAUAUAUAUAUAAUAGACCAUUUAAAAUUUUUAAACAUAUCUAUGGAAUGUAUUAUUUAUAACAUAAAUAAAUGUAUAUCAAACGUUGAUAGCCACUAUUACCAUCUAAAUAUUGAUAAACACACAUUUCAAGUGAUUGAACAAAAUGUAAUAGAAUUAAUAAAUACACACAAAGGUUAUAAUGAUAAUACAAAUAAUAAUGUAAAUACACAAAAGAGACAUAUACAUCAUAUGUCCAAUAUAAUGCUUGAUUAUAAUGAACUAAAAGAUGCAAGUAUAAAUAAACAGAAAGAAUUGAAUUGUUUAAUUUUUUUGUCUCUUGUCGUUAAAAAAAAAAAAUAUCAUCAUAUAUUAUUUAAACCUUUCCCUUAUGUUAUAUAUAAUAUUAUUCAUAAAUUUAAUAAUUUCCUUCUUCAUAUUUUUUAUAAUAUUUCAUUACAUGACUUUGAAUUACCAUCACAUUUUCUUUCAGCCUAUUAUAAAGGAGGGAAUAAAAAAAAUGAUACGGAAAAUUUAAUCCUACUAAUAUUAUAUAAUAAAAAAGAAAUAAAAUUAUACAUACAUAUCUAUGUAUCUUUUUUCUUCCUUUUUCAUUCAUAUUGUACACAUAAUAAUAUUUUAUAUGAAUGGACUGAUUUAAUACAAAAUACUUCAAAAUGUAUUGAACAUAUUAGUAAUAUUAAAUUUAAGAAUGAGAUACAACUAAAAUUAUAUAAUGUAACAUCACGGGAAGAUAUACAUAAUAAAGAUGAGCAACAAAACAAAAUGAAAUGGGCAAAUUACACAAGCUCUAUUAUAUAUUUAAUCACGUACUUCUUAGAUAUGGUCGAAUAUACGAUCAGCAUGAAAAUGAUUUCUAUUGACGAGGUGGAUAUUAAUAUAAUGACAUAUAAUUUAUUUUUAUUUUAUAAAUGUUAUGAAAUAGUAUGUGACACGGAGAACGAAAUUAAAUUAAUAUAUUUUACAGUGUGGUAUAGAAUAUAUUCAUUUAUUAUUUGCAUGUUGAAUUUAGGAUAUUUUGAAAAAAAAACUGAAAUAAAAUUAGCUGUUUUAAAUACUUUUUUUUUAUUUACAUACGAAUUUGUACCUAACAUAUAUAUAGAAAAUUUCAUGAAAAAAUUCGCUUGUAUAAUUAAAGAAAAGGAUAUCUUCCAAAACUUCUUGAGCAAUUUUAAGAAUAAUUCAGAUGUAUUAAAUUAUAUGUCAAAUAAUCAAAGAAGUAAAAUUCAACAAGUUAUAGACAAAAUCAUUUUUCAAAAGGAAAAAAUAAAAAAUAAAACAUAA